AUGUCAUCGUACAACAACAGCGCGCGCUUUAACGAGGCCAGGAAAGUGGCUAUUUUCGGGGGGACACACGGGAACGAGAUGUCAGGCGUGACACUCGUCAACCUGUGGGUGAAAAACAGCGCCGAGAUCCAGAGGAAAAGAGUCGAAACCAAACCGUUUAUCACCAACCCGAGGGCUGUGGAGAAGUGCUCCAGAUACGUGGACACGGACCUGAACAGAGCCUUCAGCCCGGAGAACCUCAGGUAAACACGGGGGGGGGGGACCUGUCAUGUCCUGACUAUAUGUCCCAGCUGCUUCUGCGUGUUUUUGUUUUUGUUGUUGUCUGCUGUCACACUCAGAAACCAUAGGUGCUCUGUCAUGGAAUAGAUCCACAACACAAACCCACUGCAAGACUGUCCUUUAUUAUUUACUGUUGUGUUGGUUAUGUUACGAGCUCAGUGCUGUAUACACUGUACAAGGAACGUGCACACCUACACAGUCAAGCUUGACCUUGUUUGGAUGGUGUGUGUACAUUUUGUCCCUGGUGCAUUUUUUUGUGAUUGAAAUUCCUGAAAUUAAGAAAACACUGUUAUUGUGUCUGAUCCUUGAAGCUGUAGCCGAACUGUUACAGUUAAUUGAAACAUUAAAAAUAUGCAAUUAAUCGAUUUUGCAAAAUAGUCGACUAAAUUGACUAUACAUUGUAUUUGUCUAUGCUUGACAAAUGAUCAUACAGCCAUGUGAUCAGUUAACAUAAUCUUGCUCAAGUAGCCUACUACUACUAACCUAGGUCUAAACAAUAACGAUAACCGUACACAAUAAUAUGUGGAGGUCGAUGAAUAUAGGGGUCAGGUCACGCCACUCAACAUGAUGUCAUCUUAUAGGGAAUUUAAAAAUAGAAGAAAACACGCGGAUACUCCCCUCAAACUGUUAUGGUCACAGUUAGUGUUUACCAUCAACCAUUUCCCCCUUCACAUCCUCCCUCCUCCCUGAAACCCCCCUCUGGCUCUGUGCCAAUAACAGCAGAGCAGCGUGUCUUCAAGCCCCCUCCUCCCGGACUUGAGCCAGCAGGAAAAAACGUGAGCCAAACGUGACCGAGCUGCAAAUGAAUUAAGACUCUGCUUUCCCUCAUUCUCUCUCUCCCUUUUCAAAUCGUGCCUCUUCGUGUGCGCAACAGCGGAAAGUAAAGUCUUACGCAAACGCUGGCUCAUGCAUUCAUUGUGCAUGAACACACACAGAAGCCUAUUUACUAAUGUUAUUAGAUAACAGCAAUACACUAUACAUAUUUCAUCACGUGACUCCUAUAUUAACACUGUGAAGGUAUUAUAGCGUGUCUGUGGUACUCAGCUGGGAAGUUAUAACGAUUCUGUACUGUAUCAUUUAUUACUGAACUUUGCAGUUUUUACCACUGUUUUAAACAAUAGCUAUAUUACUGUAGAUUAAUCAUGAUGUCUAUUUUACCUGUGAUUCAAUUUGGUAAGUGUGUUUUAGGUCUCAUUAAGAAUGGCUGAAUUAAAGUUAAUUUUACUUUUACACCAGCAAAAUUGUUAAUCAUUAUUUUAUAAUAUCGCAAGUUUUUUUCAAAACAGAGAGAUUAUGUUUCUCAAUUGGGUUCACCAGGCUAAAUGAAGCAAAAAAAAUCUCUAUAUAUAUCUAUACACACACACACACACACACACAUACACACAUACAUAUAUACAUACAUACAUGAUGAAAAUAUGCAGUCAAAGCCACUCGCUGCCUCAUUGGGGACUUCUUUAAUGGCCCUUAAAGAUCCUUGCUUUUCAGCUUACACACCCUUUGGCCUUGUGAGGCAACACAUAAGAAGAUUAAACAGAACCUAAAUAGACUGACAGCUUUGCUCUUCCUCUCAUUUACUCUCUCCCAGUUGAAGGUUUGCUGUUGCAAACACCCUUCUUGUGUAGCCUACACUAUAAACUAUAUUUCUGAGCAAAAGCCCAGGCAAUAAUAGGUGCUUUAUGCUGAAAGUGAUGUCAAAAGAGCAGAUGUGAGGCUGGUCAGACAAUAUGGACAGCAGAGGCGCUGUGUGCUACAGCAGCUUGGAGAAUGUCCUGGACUGGUGGUGUGGUUAUUUUGAAAUGCUCCCAAAGAGCACAGAGGAAAAAAAGUGGGGGCUGGCUAUCAUCCCCUGCUCAGAGAGUGAUGUCUGUUUAUUGGAAUAAAAGAAAGUUUGUAUCAAGGGCCAACACAUUUCUAAAGGGUCAUUAAAAGUAGACAUGUAAAAGUAUUUUCUUACAAAUGAAGGGCAUUGCGAAUUACUCUUAAUUUGUCUCAUAGGACGACCACUUUCCUCAGGCAUCAUGCCUAAGAUGGAAAGACAAGACUCAAGCUUCUCUCAAAAAGAAAUAUUAGCUAGCUAACAGUAUUUUUUUAGCCAUUUGUAUCUUAAUUUUCAUGAACACAGUUUACAUUUUUCAAUCAAAUGGCAGGCAGUUUAAAGACUUUUCAGAUUUUUUCAGUUUAUCCAACACAUUAACUUGUAACACAGCAGUACAACAUUAUAUCAGUAUUUGAGCUUCCAUCCUCAUCUUGAGCUCAGGGAAAAUAUAAAUAUAGUAAAGUGCUACCAUGCCUUUUCAGAAAAGUAUAAUGCCAGGCAACAAGUAGCGCCUAAUUUGCAGUUAUCAAUGUUUUUCUAUUAUAUGUGGUAUGAGAAUAUCAUAUAUGAAACAGACAUUCAACACAGAACCAGGAAGCUCUUGUUUUGGACUUUGUACUUACUUUCCACUUUAAUCCAACAGUUACUGUGUUAACUUGUUGCAGUUAAACUCUUCCAUAAUGGUUGACACUGAGGUGAAAGUUUUCACAGGGCGUUGAGGUCCAGUAGACACCCUGUGUCAGUCAUUAACAUGCUUUAUUGCUUAUUGUUCCAUCAGCAGAAUUGUCUGAUAAGGUAUAAAUGUGUCAAUACCUGAUUGCUUUCUCUUGCUGGUGUGUGUUUGCCCUGCAGUGCCCCAGAAGGAGAUAACCUGCCCUACGAGGUGCAGAGAGCUCAAGAGAUCAACAGGAUGUUUGGGCCCAAAGGCAGCCCAGAGGCAUAUGAUGUUAUCUUUGACCUCCAUAACACAACGUCUAAUAUGGGCUGCACUUUGAUCCUGGAGAGCUCCAAAGACCACUUCAAUCUGCAGAUGAUGAACUAUAUCAAGGUAAUAGCCUUGAGGAGUUAGGUCUGCUCUGAGCAUGAGCAUAGAGUGGCCUGUAUACCACUGGUCAAAUCCACCAUCACACUCCAUAAAAAAAACAAAAGUCGGUGUUAUGGCACAGGAAAGUGUAGUAUAGGGGCUGUUAUUAUAUGUUCAACUAGAAUUGACAUAUAUUUGGGAUACUUUUACACUUGCACGUAGUGUAUCUUGCUACACCAUCUUGAUACUGUUGUGAAAAAAACUUGAAUGAUUUCAAUAUUUUGUUAUUUACACAAAAAAUAUAUUUUUUGACCUACAGCACUACUGUAAUACAUAACUCCAGACUUUUUAACUUUGAUACAGUGCUGGUGUAUAAAUUAUAAUCAAUAACUCAUCUGAUAUCACAGCGCUCAAAAGAGGUUCAAAGGUCUUGGCACACGAAGUGAAACAACUUUUUACUAUCAACCCACACAGAGAGAUAGACAAAAAGAAAUCCAGUGCUCAAGCCAACACACUUGUAGUUACCACAAUAGCAUGUAGUGUCUUUACACUGUGUAGUGUAAAAGGACACAAGAUACUGUGUAGACUCAUACUCAAUAACCCCUCAUUGUUAUCCCUCUGGACGUACUACAAGGAAGUGUAUCUCACAGGCUUUUCAUCGAUGAACUCUUAAUCAUUGUAUACAGAAAUAGCCCCGCUGAUUGUCACAUUUCAUUCUAAUAUACAUAAAUACUUACAUAACUAAAAGUAUACUAUUGGGCUUAGUGAUCUAAAGUAAUUUGUUAUUUUGAGAUUUUUUAAUUCAAAACACAUUGUGUCAAAAAGUAUGAAAGUGUAUGAUACUUUUGUCGACCCUGGUGUGCAGUUUGGUAAAAAAAAAAGUAUUUUAGACACACUUCUGCAAAUGAAUGGAGGUUAAAGGUGAUAAUAUCUUCCCUCUGCCGAAUCGUUAUGUGUGCCAACAAGUCAAAGUUUUACUCAGAGGUCAGAGAGGUUCAGUUAACCUACCUCUACAAACAAUAUAAUGAUUAGUUUACCUUUCUGCGCUGGGUAAACUCUUCCAAAGGAUCAGCUAUCUAAUGAGCUCUGCUGAAACGAAGCUCUCCAGCAGAGUACCACUUGUAAACAUUCACAUAUAUUUCACAUGUUAAACAACAGAACUUGUUUCGGUCUAUUCAAAUAUUUGCUGUGAGUAAGAAGCGAUACUGUUGAUACAUCAUAGAAAAACGCUCACCUUAUCGUACCUUACACGUGUGAGUUUGUUGUUGUUUUCGUCUGGUAAACACGCUCUGUUUCUGUUCACAACUUGAGCUUUUUCUCCUCAGUACAAAUUUGAGUCAUGCAGAGAAACACCAGGGAGGAAAGAACAGCCAAAUGCAACAUGCUGUUUGCGACAUCGAGCACUAGGGGUCAUGAGAAAUAUGUCUUUUAGCUUUUAGAGACACAAAAUGCUCCUCUUUGUUUUACAGGUUGAAGGCACACUUUACAGAAAUGCUACACUUGCAAACCCAGCUUUCUGUUUUGAAACUGUAAUUUUUUUGACUCCCUUGAAAAAGAGGUUUUUAAUCUCAAUGGCACAUUUCUGGUUAAAUAAAGGUUAAACAAAUAAAACUGUCCCUAAAGAUCAGCUGUUUAAUGACUCAUUCCUUCAAAUGUUUGUCAUUGGCUGUAGUAUUAGUGAUGAUCUUAGGGCACAGUCCAACAGCAUGUCCCUACAUCAUUGGAGAAUUUAGUAGAAGUAUCCCUUUGUAACACCAGUUUAAUUCUAGUCCACAGGUUGGAAACUGCCACGUAUUUUUGUCUUUCUUUAUUCAGUUUUUUUUUCUUGGCAAUAACAAACAUUGCAUCUGUUGGAGUUUAAAAUUGAGUCUGGACUGAAACAUUCAGGGGGCUCAGAAAAGAGAGAACCAGAAGCACACCCUUAGAGCACUGACCUCUGCAUGGCCUUGUCCGUGAACUGGAUUCAGAUUUGCUCCGUCUUUUGUUGAUUCAACUCAACAACUCUCCAUUAAGUUUCAUGAAGUUCAGUCCAAAAACCCCCCUGUUUUCUGUAUCUAUUUUAUCUGUUUCUAUAUGAAUUAUAACCUGUUAACAAUAACUACAGUUGUAUUUAUGACAGUGGCCCACAAUCACAGAUCUUGAGACAAGGAUCACAUAACUGUGUUGGUGUAGAGCUUCAAUUCAGUCAUCACUCAUGGGUGCUUUUGACACCUUCAGCUGACGUGCAGUGUGCUGUAUCUGCAGUUGACAUUUUGCUUUUGUGUAUUGUGUGUUGCAGAAAGCCAUCGCCCCGGCCAGCUGUCUUGUCCUGCUGAACGAACAUCCUCUAUUAAAAUAUUCCACUUCUCGCUCUGUUGCCAAGCACCCAGUGGGUGAGUCUCUCAAGUCCUGCCAAAUCGCUCUGGGGACAGUUUUUGAGGUGUUCCCAAGUCAAACAAACAAAUAAUAAUAAAAAAGAAGCAUACUGAGAUGGUUAGAGAAAAGUCAUGCGUGUUUCUUUUGAUUGUGUGAUUGCAGGUCUGGAGGUGGGCCCUCAGCCUCAGGGAGUUUUGAGGAGUAACAUCUUUGAAGCGAUGAGGAUAAUACUGAAACAUGCCCUGGAUUUCAUCGAGCUCUUUAAUGAAGGUAGGAAGAAAUACCAUAGCAGCUUAAACUUUACAUCAUCCCGCAGUUAUGUAAUACUCAAUGACACAGGAGGUCAUGAGGUUCUAAAGCCUCUAAAAACCCAGAUCCACAGUAGCCUAAUAACAAUAUAAUCAGAAGUCUUAUGUGCAUAGAUGCUGCAUCAUAAGAGUUAAGACUGUUAAUCCUAAUUCAAAAUAUUACUAAUAAAUCUUAUAUGCCUUGCAUUUGUAUUGAUUGUUAGAUGCAUCCCAUGAUCCAAUUUAUACAACAAGUUUUACAGCAGUUAUUUAGAGGCUAACACACAACUUUAGCCUCAUCUAUUUGCCAACUUUGACAGCCAACGAUGUUGACAGUUGGAUGUCAGAGUUAUAUUAUUACAUCACAUUAGCCUCUAGCCACAUUAGCCUCCCCAGCCUCGGUCCCCUGCUGAAUGUUUUGCCAUGUUCUCGACUCCCCACACGUCUUGUCUCUCUUCGGCUUUCUUACCUGUCACACUGCAAAAAUGACCCGUGAAAGAAAAAUAACACUCAUCUAAUAUUGUGAGUGCAGGGCCACGGCUUCCCACUGUGAUACUGAAUCAAAAAACUCAAAGAUAUAAAGUUGUACCAACCUGGUUGUCACAUGCACCUUCAUUGUGUGCAGAACCAGAAAGAAGUCAAUCGAUUUUUAUAACUUCCAUAAUCAAAUGAGACCACUGACAGCAUGAACAAUCUUAUCUAUGUCAUAUAUCUGAAUGGCAAUAACUGCAGCUGCAGGGUAAGUGUCAGAAAAAGUGUGUCCCGGAAAGGUGCUGAAACAGCCUUUGCUGACUUUUUUCCAUGGCAAAUGUUCACUGAGCGGCAGGUUUGACUGUUAAAAAGCACAAAGAGUUUUUUUAUCAUGGAAACACUAGGUAAAAAUGUGCCUUUCUUUACAAGGGGUUUCAAGAAGUUAUCCACACCUAAAGCUACUUCCGCAAGCUUCAAUCUCAGGAUUUUAAAAUUCUCAGCUUGUCUGUUUUUGUUUGUUUUCAUGUCUGCAUUUGUACAGCUACAAACCAAGAUGCUUUAAAGGCCAAGGCAGUAAGAAAUAUUGAUCGAUUAAUGACUUUAACAGUUUCCUAGAAAAAUAUGAAACUAUAUUUGAAGAAUUUUUGCACUGAAUGAGUAGUGGUAUGAUUCAUGAUGUGUUAUGUAAUAGAAAAAUAAGUUGUUUAGUCUUCCUGUUUAUCAGCUGCUCCGCUGCUUGACAGGAAACAUUUUGUGACAAAACGCCCAUGGGCGUCCAUCUGAUUCAUUCAGAUGUACCUACUCCUCUAAAAUUAUCUGCAUCUGGCUUAGUCCACCUCCGCUCUGCCCAUUUUCUACCCCAAAAAACAGAAGCAUGGAUGGAAAGUUUGGGUGCUGGACACUGUUCCUCCUCUUUUUACGUAAACCAGCACUCUGAGCCAGCAGUGAGGAGCUGUCAGCUGGUUUCCCCUGUCGGCUCUGCUGCUGAAUGAGUUACUUGUUGGGAGUUGGUUAGUUUCCAUGUUGUCAGAGUCCGGCUGCCAGCGGUGUGGUAAUCUUCUGUCGUGGGGCCACCAUGGUGUGGAUGAAUGCUCGGGCAUAGUGAUGAAUCGGUGUUCCUGUGCUUUGAGGCAAAGCAGCAGGAAGAAACAACUUGUUCAGCCACCAGAGAGUGAACAGUUGGUUGGGUUCAAAAUGACUUACUCUGGAGAAGAACAAAAGAUUCAGUGAGAAAACUUUAGCGGUUGCUCUGUGGUGGGCACUAGUUCUUAUUCUCAGUGCUCCCUCUUGCAUAUUAAUAAAGCUCAGUGGUUUUACACUUUGGUGAUGCAACAGUUCAUUUGUGCAUCUACUUCUUUAUGUCUGCUCGGUCAAAAUCCUGCAUUGUGUUCAGUUCAAGGGACUGAAUAAAGCCGAUUUAACAUGCUGUGGCACCCUCUAGUUUGACCAAAGGUAACUAUGUUAUGUAACAGUACGUGACGUGAAUUCAACUGUAUAACAGUGUAGACCCCCGACAAGCGUACAGUUUGCCAAGAGACACACCGUCAACCUCUGCUGCUUCACUUUGUCUUAGACUGAGGAGUCUUUUCAUUAAAACCUCCAAGGCUUAUUUACCUCAUAGUACACCUCUGUUUGCCUUAAAUGACCAUUAGGAUUUUGCCACCAGGUAUCCCAGAAUGCUUUGUGCGUGGAAGCAUACGGUUGCAGUGCACAAUGACUGGAAGCCAAAAUUUUAGACAUGACUUAAAGUGCAGUGGGUCCACGGCACGCUGUUAGAAGCAACUCUUCAGACUCCUAAGUCUCCAGACCUGAGUCACAAAUAUGGCCUUUCAAGUAUAAGUUAAAAUGUAUGAACAACCAGAAGUAGUAGUUUAAAUAUGAAGUUACCUAAAGCUCCUGUGAGUAAUUUUCUGCUUGUGUUUAUUACAGUGCCCCCAGUGGACAGAGUGAUACCUCUCACAUCUUUGCAGAUCUUGCCCUGCACAUAAAAACCUUUACUUUCUGCUGUGUUGUAUCGUGUUGUGCUUAAUAGUAGAAUGAAUCUUUGAAGCAGUUUCUUUAUCAUUUCAAAACCCUGUUAAUGAUUGUCUUUAUCAAUUCAAAGCCCUAUUUAUGAUUGUCUUUAAAAUUCAAUCUUUUUCAUAAACAGCUAAAAUCUCUUUGCAGUUUAAAGCUCCCGUAAGGCGCUUUCUAUCUGUGUUGAUUUUGGCGCCCCCUGUGGACAAAACUGAAACCCUUUUAUCAUUACUUAUAUCAUCUGCUCCUUGAGCAAAACGUCUUCUCCUGUGUUUUUUUUACGGUUAAAUUUAUUACUCACUGUGAACAUUUGCUGUGGGCUGUGUGUAAGUUACAAAAGCUGUUCCUCUCUCCUCACAGCAGUUAUAGGCAUUAAAAAUUAUAUAUUAAACUUUGUCAGUCUUGUUGUUGAUGGUUUCAUUUGCUUUUGUGCCUCAUACAGUAAAACCAGUUCGUACCUCAAACUGUGAAAAGUUCAACUUACUCUUAAAAAAUAAAGAUAUCAAAUAAUUAAAGAAAAAUGAAUUUUUGUCAUGAUCAGGUCCAUCCUCAGCCAUUCUCUGAGUGACAUCUUUCCUACACAAACUACAAUGUUGGAACAUAAUAUCUAGCUCUGUAAAUGGUACUUGUUAUGCUCUUGAGAAUUAGCAUGUAAGCAAAGUCAGUGAGCGUGUAAACCUGCUCACAGAGCCAUUAGCUAAGCCUCACUGAGCUUCAAGCUUAUUUAGAAUAACUGAAAGAACUGACUGUACCAUGACUCUGAGUCUGACUGACCUCCGCAUUGUGCAUUACACAAGACUUCACAAUUAUCAUUUGUUGAAUGAUCUUUACAUGAACUGUUUAAUUCCCUCUGUGGAGCAGUCAGGGUAGUAAUGAGAAAUACUCUGAGCAAACAAAAAAUAACAAAUUCAAGGAUGUUCAUUGCUGAUUUUUUGCACUUGUGUCUGCAAAGGUGUAAAAAUGCACAUGUGCAACAAAUGACUGAGUGAGCUAAGUGAAAGAGAAGUCAACCAAAGUGAAGAAAACUAAAUAAAGCAACCACAAAUUACAAUACAGUCAGGGCUUUCCCAAGAUAAAAUGCUUACAAAGCUUAUUCUGCUAAUAUUUUCAUACUCUGUUACUGACUUGGCAUGUUCUUUCGGUAAAUGACGGGUUUAAAGGGUAUAAAGGUCCUAUUUUAAAUCACACUAUUUACAGUCUGCUCUGCCCACCCAUGAUCAUCUAUUUUUAAAUCUGGUAAAAAAUCAUUAGCAGAGGUUUAUUUUGAGCUGAAUCAUUUUGGCCAUGCAGUGGGUUCAUUGCAGCAUGCUCAAUGACAGAUUGCUCUCCUGGCUAUUCUAAUGUCAUUCUUGAAUUCUUGCAGGUUUUAUAUGUUUGUUUGUGUUUUUUUAUACACAUUUCCGUUUCUCUUUCAUUUUUUCAUUUCUCUCUUUACUGUGUUUUUGAAAUAAUUGAGUUCUUUUACACAUUUAUUUUUUACAAGAGUUGCCAGGCUGCUUACUUAUUGGUAAUGAUUUGUGUGUGUUGCACAGGUAUGGAGUUCCCUCCUUGCACAGUGGAAGUUUUCAGGGUCUCAGAGCGAGUUGACUACCCCCGAGACGCCAAUGGAAACAUCAUUGCCAUGGUGCAUCCCAAUCUGCAGGUAGAAAAUCCUUCAUCCUCCAGCCUGUAUAUAUUUUCCGCCCUCAUGAGAUAACACAAGAGAGGAAAUGAGGCUUCUUGGGUCAACAUGAGAAAAUGUUAUUUGAGUUUAGUCAACAUACUCAGGUUACUCUCUCUGUUUCUUUCUUUGUUGUUGUUCCAGGACUGCGACUGGGAACCACUGAACCCUGGUGACCCUAUGUUCCAGACAUUUGAUGGAAAGACCAUCCACUACCAGGGCCCGGGCACUGUUUAUCCCACUUUUAUCAAUGAGGCAGCUUAUUAUGAAAAACAGCAGGCAUUUGUAACCACCAGGAGAGAAACUCUGUUAGCGAGUGCCAUCAGGAAGCAUGAAAACUGA